UCGCUUCAAAUCAAUAGCCAAGAGCUCUUUCCGCUACAUAUAUACGUUUGUGUAUCUAAAUGUUAUAGACUAUAUAAUUACAUCUUACCAAAUCUUGUAUUAUCGUUUUUCAUAUAAAUCUUCUUAUCUUUCUGCCUCUUGAUUUCAAAUCAGAAUGGGUAAAGACAAGCAUCACGAACAAGACAAAGGAUUCUUUUCACAUCAUAAUCAUCCCGGCCAUGGGUAUCCACCGGGAGCUUAUCCUCCUCCUCCGCCGGGAGCUUAUCCACCACCGCAUGGUUACCCUCAGCAAGGGUACCCUCCACAGGGUUACCCUCCGCAGGGCUAUCCACCUGCAGCUUAUCCACCUCCUCCUGGUGCUUAUCCUCCCGCCGGUUACCCUGGUCCUCACCGUCCAGGUCUUGGAGGAGGAGUCGGGGGAUUGAUAGCUGGAGCGGCAACAGCUGCGGCGGCUGCAAUGGGAAGUCACCACGCGGGCCAUCAUGGUGGUUAUGGCCACCAUCACGGUGGUAAGUACAAGAAAGGGUUUUUCGGUGGAGGAAAGUACAAGCGAGGAAAGCACAGCAUGUUUGGAGGGAAGCAUAAGCGUGGCAAGCACGGCAUGUUUGGAGGCAAACGAGGCAAGCAUGGCAUGUUCGGACGAAGAAAGUGGAAAUGAUCAUAUGAAUAUGAUAUUUCGCGAUCUCUAUGAUUUCUCUAUAUAUUAUCGUAUGUAACAACUUGAUAUUAAGCUUAAUAUAUAUGCGUGUGUGUUAUCUGUUUUUAAUGUAUCUUUAUAUAUCUAUGAAAGAGUGGCAUUAAUUUGGUUCGAGUUAUGACUGAUAUAUAUUAACAUUUAAAGUUGAUUUGUUUGUGGCUGUUUGAUUUGUGCCUAAACAUUGCUUUUGUAUAAUGGAACCAAAAGAAACAUGUAGUUACAAAAUUUUAAAAUUGUGUCUGUUUAUAGAUUUAUGGUUCUAAAAUUAUAACCACAAAAUAUUUGCAGGAAAUUUAUGAUUAUAUACCAACGUUUUAUAGUGCGAAGAACAUGCCUUUUCACCCACAAAUAAAUUACAUUUGUAUGUAUGCAUUAAACUAACCAAUCUGAAAGUACGAUAGAGUUGCCCCCCUCUUCAAUGAAUUUUGAUUAGAUUGUAUCGAUCUAACAUUACGUUACAAAAUGUUUAUCUUGCUUCUGGAAGAGAAGUAUGUACUGAACAAAGAGAAUACUAGAUAAGAUCAAACUUAUCUGAAUCUGAUAGCAUGGCCAAAAUUUUCAAUAGAAUUAACAGAAAUAGCAUUUCAGGAUUUCAAGAUCGCACACGAAAAAUGCAGAACUGGACAACUAAUGCUUUGAUUAAAACUGCACAAAUUUUUCAUAAAAAUUUAGUUUUUGUUUGUUAUAUUAUUCUGAUAUGAAUUCUCAAACUACUUUAAAUUCGAGUAAUAGAUCAGCUUUUGAUACUAAAAAAAAUAAAAAAAUUAGCUGAAGCAUAGUUAGAUGGAUUUUGUUUCGCGAAUUAGAUUAAAUUUUGAGACAAAAAAAAUUGGAUUUUUUUUUAAAGUAUUAAUUGGGAAAGCCAAUCUGAUAUAGGUUGCAUAAUGAUGGGAAACAUAAUUACAGUUUAACCUCUUUAAAUUAAUCCUCUAUAAAUUAAUGUACACUAAAAAUCUUUAUAAAAUAAUAUAAUUUUAUAGUCUCAAAUUGAAUUUUUGGUUCAAUUAGUAUAUCGAUAAAUUAAUAUUUUUAUAAAUUAAUAAAAAAAUUAUAGUUUUAGUGUAGUCCCAACAUUAUUAAUUUAUAGAGGUUUCACUGUAGUUUAUAUUCUAAAAAAACCAUAAUUAGUUUUAUCUAUUCUGAAAUUUAGGUUUGUUAUAUUAUGUAGAAGGCGCACAAUUUAUAUGCAAAUCUAUGGAAGUGUGAAAUUUAUAAUUUAAUAGUACAAUGAAAAUCAAAGUCAAAAUUUAUUGUUAAGAUUAUUAGAUAAGUACAAAAAUACAUUUAAUAAAGAUUUUAAUAGAUAGUCCAACUUUAAAAAAAGUCACAUAGAAGUUGUGAUUUCUGUUCUAGUAAGUAAGAUAUAAUAAAUACAAACUUAGUAAAGGUAAUGUAUUUAUGUUUGUUAACAGAACCCAUAUAAACUAAAUCAUAUUUGGUCUAAAUCAUAUUUGGUAACUAUUUUGAAUUUCUGGAGGAUCGAUAGCAUGGAUUUGGCUCUGAUUUAUAUGGGAUGAUAAAGAACAACGUACACAUGUCCUUUUUAAAAAAGGAAUCAAUAUGGUUAUUAAGGCAACGAUAUAUAUACAUAAGUUGUUUUUUUGUGCAACAUAGAUAUAUUUCAUUCGUUUUAGUUUAUUUGUCGUUGUAAAGUAAAAUUUUCGCUUAAUAAGUACUAUUUUAGAAAUUUAAUGCAUAAUUUACUGACAAUAUUUUCCAGUUUACUUUUCUAUUGAUUGAAUUUUUUAUUUUUUUUUGUUAUCAACUUAAAAACAACAUACUCAUACUGACUCUGUAUACCAAACUGUAAGCUCCCAUCCAUGGGAACGGCAUUCUAUUGGUGAAAUAUAGUUAGAUUUAUGGGUAAUGAUGUUUUUAUUUAGAAAUAUGCAAAAUUGCAUGUAUUUUAAUCUGUAUACAUAAACCUAAAACGACAAUUAAAAUAAAAUAGAGAGUAUAGAAGUUAGAAAUCUAGCAAAACACCCUAAGCUGCUGAACUCUUCGAAGUCUGCUUUGAAUUUAGGCCAAUCUAUGGGUUGUUAGCUGUUUUGUAGUUUUAAAUUUAGCAUAACUUAUACUCUUUCUGUUUCAUAAUAUAAGAUGUUUGAGAUAAUAUUUAAUGGUCCAAAAUAUAAAAUAUAAAAUAUAAAAUAUUUCAAAUUAUUUUUAAUUUAUUGAAAACUAAUUAACCAAUAAUAAUUUUUCUACAUUAUUUAUAAUUGGUUAACUUAUUUAAAAUUAAUAUGUCAAUGAGAAGGAAUUCGUUGUUUGAUAAAUCCUAAAAUUCAUUCAAAAGUAGAGUUUGUGAUCAUAGAACUUGACUAAUAAGUAAGCUAUAAAACACUAGGCUAUGAGUAUUGAUGAUUUUGUAACGAGUUCAUAGGGUACUUGAUAACAAAGGAGACUGUAUAAAUAAGAGUAUAGUGUCACUAUUAAAGAAUACAGAUCAUCUGUCUUUGGCUCCUUCUUCCUCUUUUGUAGGUACUUACGGCGAAUAGUAACGGUGAUAUGAUCUUCAGCACGGAUCAAUUGAUUUGAUAAUGAUCUUUAAUGCUCUUGAUUUUCUUUAUGUUUUGCAUUGAGUUCCCCAAGUUCAGCAUGUUUGACUCUUUGAGUCAGGGGUGGUUCUUUAACCUUCGUUGGUAUAUGUUUUUGGACCUUGGUGAAAUCUGGUAUUGAUCUUUAAGUCAUGUGGAUCGGAUCUUAGGUCGGUGUGUCUUAGGUCGUCGGAUGAGGCUUGUUUUAAAUCUGAAUUAAUGGUUCAAAAUAUAAAAUAAUUUAAUAUUUUAAGAUAUUUUAACUUUGUUCUAAACUGAUUAACAAAUUAUAUUUUCUGACAUUAUUUAUGAUUGGUUAACUUAUUUAAAAUUUAUAUUAUUAAUAAUUAAUAUUUUCUAAAAAUUUAAAUUUCUUAAUUAUGUGCUUUAUUCAAAAUAUUUUAUAUUAUGAAAUGAAAGGAGUAUUAGUAAUUUUUAGGUUAUAGGUAAAAUUAAAGCAUUUUUUUGAUCAACUGGUAAAAGUUAAAGAUAAAAUAGCCUUUACAACCUAUUCAAUCACCAUGUAUAUAGUUGAAUCUAGGGGACAAGUUAAAUGCAUGAUAUCUUUGAUUUAUAACAAUUAAGAUAUUAACACCAGAUGUUGUAUAAAAUUUUUUGAAAAACUACUAUAUGUACUUAUAUAAUUUAAAAAGUAUUCAGUGUUACUACGUUGGGAAUCUUCAAGCUUUUUUUUUUAAGUUUAAGACUAUUAAAAUUCAAUAAACUAAACAUUAAAAGGAUGAAUGUGUACUAUACUCCAUGGGUGGGUAUGCGGACGGGUGGAUAUGUCAAUCAUGCAAGGUAAAAUAUAAGAUUGUGUUUAACAUUGAUGACAUUCCCAAAAGAACCUUUUUAAUUUCGAAAGUUUGAAUUUUUUUAUAAAAAAAUUUGAAUAGUAAAAUUUUAAAUUUGAAGUUUUACUAAUCAAAAAUUUAAAAUUUAAAGUUGUGUAUUUUCAAUUAUUUACAAUUAUAUAUCUUUCAAAUGGUUAGUUUAAUAGUUAUUAUUUUUAGUUCAUACCAUUUUAUAUCUUAUAAAUAUUUUAUAUAUGUGAAAGCCCCAUAGGUACAAUAGUUUGACUGGAAAUUUGUUAAUGCAUAUACGUUAGGAAGUAUUAUUUUGUAUUUUAGGUAAAUAAUUGAUUAAAAAUUAUACAUAUUAAUGAAGAAAAUAUUUACAUGAUGCAAGUAAAACUGUUAGGCGUAAAAUUUCUUAAGACAAUUCAUAGUGGUACAAAUAUAACUAUCGUAGAAGUGAAUCUUCAUAAAACAUGUAAUAUUAUAUGUUUUAAAUUCAUAUAGAGAAAUUGUUACAAAUAUCACAAGUUAAGUAUCACUUUUUAAAAAUAUCACCAAUAAAAAAUAUACACUAAUAUUUGGGUUUAGACUUUAGUGAUAACUGUUUAGGGUUUAGUAUUAAGGGGUUAGGAUUGGGUUUAUAAAUGUUCUAUAAAUAUUUUUUAAAAUUAACUUAGUGUUAUUUUAUCACAAAUUUAGGAUAUUUGUAAAAAUAGUCAUUCAUUAAUGAUAAAUUUGAAAAGUGAUAGAAUUGAAAUUUUCCCAUUCAUAUAUGUAAUAUUUAUUAUAAUUCCUAAUAAAAUAAUAAAGCCGUUUUAGAAGAAUUUUUAUAUCUAAAAGUACCGGAUUCAAUAAUGUUUACCUCAUUGCCUAUUUACAAAUAACAAAAUAUUAAUAAAUAUUUUAAACAUAUCAAUUAAUUAUAUAUUAGAACAUUGCAGAAAAUAGUUUGCUGAGUAAUUUGAUAGUUUAGCUGUAAUUUAUUAUUUAGUUUGUAUUUUUAAUUAUUAAUUAUUAUAAUUUUAUAUUUAUUAACUAAUAUUUUGUAAUAUGUUUUAAAUGUGUGUUUUAUAUUUAUAAGAGUUAAAUGAUCUUAGUCAACUUAUAACAUUAUUAAUCGAGGAUUAUAUUUAAAUUUUGUUAUUGGAGAUACCAAAAUUUUUAAAAUAUAUAAUAAUAUAUUUUUAAAUAUAUAUAUAUAUAUAUAAUUUAAAGAAAAACAUUAAUAGGAGAUAUCGUUCUUGCAUAGCUCAAAUGGACCAACAGGUCAUAUAACUUUUAUUUAAGUUAUAUAUGGAUUCUAUGUACAUCUUAAAUUUUGCAGUGAUCAGGACAAGUUUAUAUUGACAGAAAUUUACCAACAUUCUAAUCCAAGAGAAAUACAUUUUAAUGUAUUUGAGUUUUUAGAUAAUAUAUAUUCAUAACUGUGUAAAUUUAAGAUAUGUUUGAUGGGCUUAUUUUAGUAUAGAUGCAUGAUAUAGUAAUAAAUUUUAAUCAUUUCUAAAAAUUAAAAAUAUUUUUUUGUUUAUUUUUUCUGGUUCUGUUUUGUAUGAAGAAUAUAUGUCAAAAUAUAAAAUGCAAAUAAAAUUUUAUUUUAAUGUAUAUGAUAUGGUUAUAUAAUUUUUAUUAUAUUGUAUUUAAAAUUAUAUUAUUUAAAAUUUAAUUUUUAUUUUACAAUCUAUUUUCAAAGUCUCAUUUCAAAACUGUUAAAAGUCUUUAUAUUAAAAUAUGUAAACAAUUAGCAAUAGGUAAUUAUGCUAGUCUAUAUGUAUUAGUAGUACAUGAUUUGAUCCAUAUCAUUAGGGUUGACCAUUUUAUAUUUAAUUUUAAGUAAUAUUACCUAUUUGAAGAUUGUAGUUGUGUUUAUAUUACAAAAUUCUAAUAGUAGAUGAUAUUUUGGACAACUGUAAUUAUUUUAAAUUAAAUUUUUAUUCUAUAAAUGAUUAAUGUGGUCAUUUAAAUCAUCAAAUCAUAUAUUUAUUAUAUAAAGAAAAAUAAUAUUUUUUUUAUUGUUGUUUGUUAAAUAUUAUACUAGUUGACUAUUAGAAUAUCUACCAAAGCAACCUUAUAACUUUAAAUAUAUUAUUUUGUGUAUUCUAAAAGAACCUUAAAACUUUUAAUUUAAAAACAGUUCAAAAUCUUAUUUUUGAGGUUCUUUACUUUUAACUUUUAUACUUAUGUUUCUUCAAAUAAUUUUGUCAACUUUUUAGUUUUAUCUUUUUAAUCCUUAUAAUUCCAACAUCUCAUUAAAAUUUACAUAUAUUUUAUUAUUUAACUAUCAUAACUAAAGGUAAUUAUGUUAUUAUAUAAAUAUUAGUAAUACAUGAUUUGAUCCAUAUCAUUAGGUUGACUAUUUAUAUUUGAUUUUAAGUAAUAUUAUCUAUUUGAAGAUUGUAGUUAUGUUUAUAUUACAAAAUUCUAAUACUAGAUGAUUUUUUGGACACGUAUAACGAUUUUAAAUUAAAAACUUUUAUUCUAUAAAGAUAAAUGUUUUGUUAUUUAAAUCAUCAAAUCAAAUGUUUAUUAUAUGAAUAAAAUUAUUAUGUGUAUUGAUGGUUGCUUGUUAAAAAUUAUUCUGGUUGAUUAUUAGAGUAUCUAUCAAAACAACCUUAUAACUUUAAAUAUAUUAUUUUGUGUAUUCUAAAAAGAACCUUAAAACUUUUAAUUUAAAAUUUUGAACAGGGAAACUUCUUAUAUAAGGUUUCACGGUUCAAAUUUUAUUUUUUGAGGUCUCUACUUUUAAAUUUUUAUACUUAUGUUUCUUCCAAAGAAUUUUGCUAAAUUUUUUAUUUUAUCAUUUUAAUCUUUAUAAUUCAAUAUCUCAUCAAAAUUUACAUAUAUAUUUUAUUAUUUAACUAUCAUAAAUAAAUUUAAAAUAUGAAAAUAAUACUAACAUUUAUGUAUAUUUGAUUUUAAUUUGCAAAAUCUCCAAAAGUUAUCCACAUAAUUUUUACUUAAUCUAAAGUCAUUGUUGUUAAUGAAUUCAUCAAAUUAUUCUUGUAGAUUCUUUACUUAUUAUAAAAAUUUUAUGAUUCUAACUAAUUUUAAUCAAUAGUAAAAGUGUAAAAUAUAUAAAAUUUAAAGUUUAGUAUAAAAUUUUGCUUUUCGAGAUGAUAUCAAAACCCUAUAUUUUAAAAUUUACCAAACUUUAAAAUAAAAUUUCCUUUGAAAAUGCUCUUAGAAAGUUGUAAUGGAUAUUUUUAUUAAGAUUUAUUUGCUUUGUCAAAUAAUUUAUACUUGGAUCUAAAACAAAACUAAAAAAAAAUAUCAUGAGAUUCAGUAUUUAAUAUUAUUUGGAAUAGUAUUUUAUUAAUGUAUUAUUUGAAACAUAUGUUUAAUUGUAUAAUCUUAUUUUAUAAUUACCUCUAGUUUUUUAUGAGAUUCAGUCUUUUUGAUGAAUAACCUUGUUUUUUUUUGUUUAACUUUUGAAAUAAUCAUGUUUUACUAAUACUUAUAGAUUGAAAACAGAAAUCAUAAACGGGGUAUAGUCUAUCAGACUACUACUAUAUAACGGGUUUUUUUUUUGUUGUAAAAACUACUGUAUAACGAGUUAUUUCAGUCCCUUUGUUUAUCAACUAUUUUUCGUGUAUUCCCAUGUUUUCCAUGUUUUUAAUAAAAACUUUGUUUUCCAUGUUUUACUCAGUUUUCCACUAUGUCCAACCGAACGACUAAUGCGUAAAUACCAGGUGUCAGGUGUCUAAGAAUGCAUAUGCACCCAUCUAACUAUAUGGGUGGUCUGAAAUUUAUUUACUUAAAUGGGGAACGUACCUCUUGAACUAUUCCUCGAUGAAGUGCACGUUUUACGUUCAUGAAAACUAGAUCGAGGUCAAUAAUAUCUACAUUCAUCUGCGUAUAAAAAGCAUUAGCAUUAGAGCUAAAUAUAACACGAUUUCUUGUACGUUAAUGUCUUCUUGCCAAUUGAAAUAGCAUAUAUAUAUAUAUAUGUGUAAUUCUGCCUACAAAUAAAAUAAACAGCUAGCUGUAUUUUGUCAUAAAGUAUAAAUGCAUAGCCAGUUUGUGUUCUUGUAUGGUUGGGUAAAUGUAAAAAACCACGUCCAUGCAAAGUCAGCUAAACAAAAAGAGUAAUAAAGUUGAAACAGAAAUAAAUCUGAGGGAAAAAAUGUCAAGACGGUGACGAAAUUGUUUGUAAGAAAGUAACUUUAUCAAUAUUUUCCUAAAUAGAUAGAGAAAGUAUUUCAAAGAAAAGAAAUGGCUUUUGGUUUCGAAGAGAAGGAUAUUGAAGCAAACUUGUUACGCUCCAAAUGGUGUAUAAAUAAUACACAUGAUUAUAGCACUACUCCGCUAUGAGUCAGAUAACAAACAAACCUUCCCAUAGAAAAAGAAAACCACAUACAAGAUCAGCCACAACUUUUUCAAUAAUGGCGAACGAAAACUCGAGCUUCCAAGAAUUAGCCAUAGGAACUACGGUUAGCUUCAAAAGGAGGAGUACCGGAGAGCGGUUUCAUGGAUCGGUCUUCUAUUUUAGCCCCCAAUUAAAUGGUUCCCUUUUUGGAAUCCAGAACGUAGGUGUGUGGAGGGUGGAUGGAAGAUAUGAACGUAUCUCAGGGUUUAACCACUUCAAUCUAAACGACAUCACGGAGUUGCAAGUGAAUGUAGUUCCUAGGCAAAACUCCAACACUCAGGAUGCUCAAAACAAUAAUAAUAAUGAUGGAUCUUCAUCCAAGUCAAUUGAGAGCAAAAUGGGAGCUCUCCGCCUUGAUCCACCUUCGAAGUGACUUGUUUACACACAAUUAGAUUUCUCUGAGUUGUAUUCCAUAAACAUACAUAUAUGAACCAUAUCAACCAGAUAAUUAGUCUAAAAACGUCCAUUACUACAAAACAUAGAUAUGUCACUGAGUCUAGUCUAAGACCUUAUUCUCUCCAAUAAAGGUACAAUGAGUGAUAAUCUAGUAAGAUUGUCUGGUUUGAUUUAAAUUAAUAAAUUAAUAAAUGUAUUACUCUUCGGUUAAUGAAGGUAUAUUUCUCUGUUUC